AUGCGUAACUUGAGGAAUAUUCGUCUCCAAGAGACUCAUCUCCAGGGUGGUCUUCCUUUGACUGCCACUGCUUGGGAUACAUCAUCUGAUUCCAUUGUGUGCACCUUUGGCCCUUCAGAGAACAGUCCAGUCAUCGAGCUGCGCAGGAAGCGCCCCGAGGUUACUUCCGCCAACCCUCUGAGCCCUGAUGCAUUUGAUUGUAUCGCAUCGUGGGAUGCCCCUUCUCCCUUACCGGACUUGUUAUGCGAUAGAGUGCUCUCUCUGCAUUACUUUGCAGAUAACCUAACGGCAAUUCUUGUAUUGGAGGGUGGUGAUAUUGUGAUUGUCCGCGAGGAGCCUCUCCCUGGAGAGGACAAGAUUGAGAUCCUGGGAUCAGUCGAUGUGGGCAUCACCGCUGCUGCGUGGUCCCCAGAUGAGGAACUUCUGGCAAUCACCACUAGAGCCAGGACUUUCUUGUACAUGACAAGGGAGUUUGAGAAUGUGGCUGAAAUUACCUUCACCCAGGCAGAUUUGCAGGCCUCGCAGCAUGUGUCAGUUGGAUGGGGUAAAAGGGAAACCCAGUUCCAAGGAAAGAGAGCUAAAGCCCUUCGAGACCCAACAGUACCGGAGAAAGUCGACCAAGGCAAGCUGAGUACUUAUGAUGAUGCCGGCACUAAAAUUAGCUGGCGAGGUGAUGGUGCCUAUGUCGCAGUGAACACACUUGAUGAAGAACAUCGUCGUGUCAUAAGAGUUUAUUCGCGAGAGGGUACAUUGGACAGCGUGAGUGAGCCAGUGGACGGACUUGAAGGUGCCAUCAGCUGGCGCCCGUCUGGAAACCUCAUUGCAGGAAUCCAGCGAAUGGAAGAACGUAUCGAUGUUGUUUUCUUCGAGCGAAACGGCUUGCGCCAUGGGCAGUUCACACUACGUCUGACUGAAGAGGAGCGAACCACCUGGGCCUCGUACAUUCAACUUUCGUGGAACAUCGACUCUACUAUACUGGCGGUUCGAUUUAGAGACAGAAUUCAGCUUUGGACCACCGGCAACUAUCACUACUAUCUGAAACAAGAGAUUCCGAUAGAGGUCGAUACUGAUUCCUUGCUCCCAUUCUCCCUUCAAUGGCACCAGGAGAAAGCCUGGCGAUUUGUUGUCGGAGCUUCAGGCUCCAUUCUGGACGUGGAUUAUGCCUUUGAUAUCAACCAUGGCUCUACUGUCAUUCCGGAAGAUGUCGGUGCAGUUGCUGUGAUCGAUGGAAAGAAUUUGAAACUCACCCCAUUGCGAUUUGCUGGAGUGCCGCCCCCAAUGGCACACAAUGAACUCACGCUGGACUCUAACGUCAUUGACGUGGCGUUCAGUAAGUCCGGGUCUCGAAUUGCCGUUUUGAUGGACAAUAGAUUUUCAGUCUUUUUGUGGUCCUUGAAGAGCCGUCCAGUUGGAAUGCCACUCAUUGAGUCUAGCUAUCCUCUUUCAGAAUCAACCAUGUGUCGGCCCAGACAAAUUGCGUUCGUGAACGAUAAUGAGGUAUAUGUUCUCAAAAGCAGUGGGCCAAAUUCCAGCUGUAUCGAAAGAACCACUUUGGAGACCCGUUUGACGCGUGUUGUAUAUCAAUCCACGGAGUCUGAGCAACUGUCUUCGAUUUUCUCCGGAAUUGGGCAACAAGCUCUCUGGUUCUCACACACGUGCCUACCUGGUCAACCUGCUACUUACUCAAGCAUCGAUUCUGCUGAUGAAGAUGAAAUUGCGAUUUCUCCUUGGACCGAGUGUCCCACUGCCGACACACACUGGGCUUGUGCUGUUUCGAUUUCAAAUGAUGAGCGGAUACUAAUCACCAUGGCGAGAUCCGGCACAUUAUAUGUCAACAGGCGAAUUCUUGCGAGAAACUGUACUUCGUUUUCGGUGACCUCCGCCCAUCUUAUUUUUACUACUUCGCAGCACUUGUUGAAAUUUGUGCAUUUAAACCGCGCUGAAGACAUGGAGGUCCCUGAAGAUGCUCCAGAAACCGACGAGAGAUGCAGAAGUAUCGAGCGUGGAUCAAAGUUGGUAUCGGUGAUGCCAUCUGUUUUUGCCGUUGUUCUCCAGGCCUCUCGAGGUAACCUUGAGAUUAUUUACCCUCGAGCCCUGGUGCUGGCGGGAAUUCGUACUUUUAUUGACUUGAAGAGAUAUCGGUCCGCCUUCCUCGCUUGUCGCAGCCAGAUGGUAGACAUGAACAUUCUUCAUGACUAUGCGCCACAACAAUUCAUGGAGAACAUUGAACUAUUCAUCGAACAGGUGAAGAAGGUCGAAUUUAUCGAUGACUUUCUUUCUCGCCUCAGCGAGGAUGACGUUUCGCAAACUUUGUAUAAGGAUACUCUUAAGAUAUCCACCAACGAGUCGGCUGUUGCUCAGCCGAAUAAGCCCAACCAAACUUUGACUAAGCCAGUAACGAGGACAAGCAAGGUCAACGCGAUCUGUGAUGCUUUCUUGGGAGUUCUGCAAAGUCGUGUGGAAACCAAUCUACAAAAUUUGAUUACCGCGCAUGUCUGCAAGUCCCCACCUGACCUAGAGGCGGGUCUGGGACUUGUUGCUGAGCUUCGAGUUCGAACCCCCGAUCAAGCCGAUGAUGCUAUUCAACACAUGUACUUCUUGACUGAUUCUAAUCGUCUCUACUCACAUGCACUGGGACUCUAUGACCUUGAACUCACUCUGCUGGUAGCCCAGCAAGCACAGAUGGACCCACGAGAAUAUCUUCCAUUCCUCCGCAAAUUGGAACAAAUGCCUGAAGGUCGACGUCAAUUCGAAAUUGACAAUCAUCUUUCCCGAUUUACCAAGGCUUUGAAGCAUCUAUUCACUCUUGGUGCUCAUGAUGAGAUCCAAACCUAUGUUACUAAGCAUGUCCUGUACAAGGAGGCACUUGAGAUUUACAAAUACCAGCCCGAGCAACAACGAGCAAUUACCCAUCUCUACGCAGACUAUCUUCAAGGUGAAUCGAAGCACAAAGAGGCGGCAAUUGCUUAUGAGUCCCUUGCGUUAUACAUUGAAGCCUACAAAGCAUACAAUCUGGCUCAUAUGUGGCGAGAGUCUUUGUACUGUGCCAUGAUGGCUUCUUUGUCGCAAGAGGACUUACUUGCACAUAUCAACGAUCUGGCCGCAACCCUUGUUGAUGAGGAUCGUGACUAUGUCUCGGCCGCAAUCAUCUACGCAGAGCACCUGCGUGAUAUCGUCACAGCUGCAAGGCUGUUAUGUCGGGGCUCGAAAUUUGCCGAUGCUGCCCGCCUGCUGACGCUCAAUGGAAAGCAGAACCUGGUCGAAGAAAUUGUUGACAAUGGUCUGGCAGAGGCAAUGGGCUCGAUGACUGACCUCCUUGCUGACUGCAAGUCUCAACUCAAUGCCCAGGUGCCUCGAGUUCAUGAACUCCGCCAGUUGCGUGCUGCAGACCCAUUGGCCUUUUACGGAGGCGACCCAACGGGCGGUGAAGGCGGUGUUGAUAUCCCUGAUAACGUGUCGCUGGCUCCUACUGAUGCCACAACCCUGGCUGGUCGUACCAUGUUUACCCGGUAUACUGGCAACACUGGAAAAACCGGGAAGACAGGGAACACGUGGCAGACAUCACGCACACGCCGAAAGGAGGAGCGCAAACGUGCUCGUGGUAAGAAGGGCACCGUCUACGAAGAGGAAUAUCUCGUCAAUAGUAUCAGGCGACUUAUUGAGCGAGUCAACUCGACUGUUAACGAGGCAGAGGCGCUUGUUGAUGCCCUACUGCGGCGCGGCAUGCGUGAGCGUGCAUCGGCCGUUGAGAAAGCAUUGGAAGAUGUGCUGAAAAUGUGUGCGGACUCUCGCAACGACGUGUUUGAAAUUCCCGCGGUUGAUGUAGCGAAGGAUGAGGCUGAAGAUGGUGACGCCCAAGAUCCAAGUGUUUAUGUCACAUCUGGCUCUCGGGUUCUCGAUGAGAGUAUGGCUACCAUUGCUGGUACUGCUGGCCGCAAAGAGGCGCCUGUCGUCAAAACGAUAAAGAAAUCCUCUUUGAUCGCUUAG